CAUUAACUACGCCUCCGCAAUAUGGUCGCCUGGAUGCCGCAGGUCGCAGAUCAAACCUUCCAGAAUACGGUACUCCGGACUAUAACAGGCUGAUGUCUUCUAUCGAACAUUUGGGGUCCGCACGCCUCCUGUAAAUGAUCAUAGCACACGUCUCUCCAAGCAGUUUCUGCUCGGAUGUUUUCGUCUAAAUCAUCCCUGCAGUCACCUGCUCAUCAGUAGAACAUUCCUCAAACACGUCGACGAAUUAGCACCAUAAACCGACCAAGUUUCGCACGCGUCCCAAUUUCGACAGGUACUGAACGCCAUUCACAGCGCAGCUAUUAACACCUUCUUCGACUUCCUCCCGGUGAAUGGCGUGCUUGGAGUCCAAACACCAGCUAUUGCAGAAUAAAAGCUCGAGUUGCCGCGUGAAACAAGAGUAACUUUAGAGCAACUUCGCUCUAGGUAUUAUAGCAGGUUAAACUUCUACUUAUACAGACUAGACCCCGACAUACAAAUUUUGUGUCUCGCAUGAAAUGAGUCCCCGCACGACACUAAUCACAUCUUUGCAUGCUCAAUUAAACCUGCUCACCCAACCCCCCCUUUCACUAUGGGCCGAACCCGUCGAAACAGCUCGUUUCUUGGACCUUCCAUUAAGUGACUUCGAAGACAGUUAAUUUAUUGCUUUCCCCCGAUCAGGCCAUGCACGUCUGUCUGUUCGUCUGUAUAUACGCGACUUAGUCCCACAGUUCUUGAGAUACCAAUCUAAAAUUUUGCAAACGUUGUUUUCUCACCAAGAAGCUGCUCAUUUGUCGGACUCGCCGAUAUCGGAACACUAUAGCAUAUAGUCGGCAUACAAACUGAUCAAAAUCAAAUUUUUGUAUGGAAAACUUCUUUAUUUAACAAAAUAACUUCACAAAAUGUGGCAUAGAUUAUUGUCCUAGGGAACACUACAAUCUACGAAUAUAUUGUUCAGAUAGGACUACUAUAGCAUAUAGCUGCCAUAAAACUCAUCGAAUAAAAUGAAACUCUUGUAUGGUAUAAGCACUUUUAUUUGUGUAGGGUUUUAUCGGUGCAACUGAAGUUAUCGUUUUUUCUUGUUUUUUUGGCUUGUAAUCACCCUUGCAUACUUAAUCGUAAUAUAUUUGUGUUCAAAAAUAGCUACAUUACAAAAAUAAAACUGUUAAAAGCAACAGACGAUUUGUAUAACAACAAAAACAAAUCGAUACAUAGCAUUGUUUCACAUUGCCUCUAAUACGUCUCGCCGCUCAAAUACGACCGCACGUAGUCAAAUCAGUUUGUUUACAUUGCCUAAAUGGCCAACAAUCAAGUUGAAGCUGCAAUUGCGGUGGCGCACGAGUCUGUUUGGUGGUGUAAUUGACUCUCUUCAACUCUCUUUGCAUAUAACCACUUACAGGCGUUCAUAUGAAGGGAGCGCGCCGUAGUGCGCAUAUACAGACAAAAGGAUUGGUAAAAAGGGGCAAGGAUUUUCAGGCAUUUUUACAUGGAUUACAGUACGAAGUGAACAACCGUGGCGACAACAAAUAAUAAAAGCAUUUCUUGGUUGGAAAAAUUAUAUGAAAAACAGAAAGUGCGGAUUUUGCGCAAAAUAUAAAUAUGCAGUGAAAUAGGAAAUAAACUAAAUAAACUAGCAAAUUUUGAAAAUGGUGUGUGUGACGUGAUAACACAUUCAACAAUCAUUAGGAUUUUAAAUGCAUCGCCAUGUUGCAAUAAUGAUUUUACUUUUGCACAAAGUCAGUGAUUCCAAGCAGUAUAGUGAGCAAGAAAGUUUAUAUCCACCAGUGCGUCGGUGUACUUAACAGAAACGAUGACAGCAGAAAAUUAUCAUCUAAAAUGGGACUCGCAUUUGUCCUUUUUGAAUUCUUCAGUUGCCACACUUUACAAAAAUGAGAAGUUCGCCGAUGUUGUGCUCUACAGUUCCAGCAGCAGUAGUGCCAGUGGCAAUAGCACGGAUAGUGGCAUACCAACAGUGGGUAUUUCAGCGCACAAAUUUAUACUCAGCUCGUGUAGUCAGUUUUUUGCAACGAUGUUCGAAACCGCACCUAUAACCUCGCCUAACGGCGUGCUCUACGUUGUGCUUCCGCCGGAACUAAGCCACCGCGCUAUACAAAUACUAGUACAAUAUAUGUACAGUGGCGAGGCCACAGUCGCCAAUGAUAUACUUAGUGAAGUUUUGCGUGGCGGUGAGAUAUUGAAAAUCCGUGGUCUAUGUCGCACCUCCCCAACGUCAUCUAAUUCGCACAAUACUUCAACGCGCGUCAACGAAUCACUAAUAGCUAACGGUGUCGGCCCCCAUUAUAUACAAAGUACAGGCAAUCGCCAACAGUCAAUACCAACACUUACACACUCGCAUAUGUCCAAUGCACAUGGUAGUGAUAUGUAUAUAGUCAAUAAAUGUCCAAAUGGUGGUGGUGGUAAUUGUGCACCACGUUACCAUGCCAUGGAACAUUUGCAACAGCCUGUGACGCAGUCAGUGCCGACACAACAAACACACGCACAGCAAAUACAACAAACCCAACACCAGUUUCGUGGCUUGGGCGCCUCCGUGUUGCCCAAGGAUAGUCCAGUGAUAGUCAAGUCACCGAAAUUGUCACAACUUGGGCUACUCUCGGCUGCAGCGUCGAGUAGUAAGCACCUAACAGGUGGUGGCAUAUCGGUAAACAAGGAAGUUGCUAUAGAUCCCGAUGAAAAAUGCUGCUAUCAAUUGAAUCAGCUGCAUGUGGCAACGACUUUGUGCAACGAAAUUGGUUGCACGGGCGGCUGUCCCAUGUCCAUGGAAAAUGAGCAGGUGAGGCGCCGACAACGCAAUCAAAACGAUGAAAAUAUGCGCGCAACUGUGGUGGAGCAGCAAUUGGAGCGGGAGUAUACAGAGCGACAGCGUCCACCACCCGAUGAAGAGGAGCAACAUAAUGACAUUGACAUGCCCAAUUAUGACAGACAUCUGCGACGUAGCAGUGGUGGCAGCGCCGGCGAACGCAUGCGCGAUUACUUCGUAUCAGAUGCCUAUGAGCAUACCAACACAACAGCCACGAAAAGUCAUUAUACAGAGCAGGUCAACGGCAGCAGAUUGUCGAACACACCGCCCAUGUCUCACACACAAACUUUCCUCGCUAUAAAACAAGAGCCAACCGACUGGACUACAAACGCUUCCACAACAGACAAUGCACACGCCGAUUUGGUGUCACGCGCCAAAACACCGCUACGUUCUCCAAAACAACCGUUAGAUUUUAAAAUGCCACCUGGCAGUACAACUGUCAAACUUGAAGUCGGCGCACAUUCACAUAGUCCACACAGCGAACAGGACACGAACACCCAAGACGAUAGUGACUAUGAAACACGUCUGGCGUGUGAAACAUGCAAACAAUCCUUCGACGAACCUAAAUCUUGGGUGCGUCAUUUGGAGUCGCACACCAUUAACGCAGCAACAACAACAGCAGAUACGGUAACGUUAAAUGUGGCUUGUGGUACAACGAAUAACAUGAAUAGCACAACCGUAGGCAACACCAUGACUAAUGGCGGGGAGGCAUUAGUCAAAGCGUAUGUGCCCAAAAAGCGGCGACGAGUAUCGCAGCAAGAGAACAACGCGGGUCAUGUGACGCUCUGCUGUGACUUGUGCUCAAUCUCCUUUGAGACCCCGGCAGAUUGGGUGCGCCAUCUAAACAACGAACACACAGAAAUCGAGUUGGCCAUGUUCAAUAGCAAAAAGGACAAUGAGCAGAAAAGUUCGGGCAACAACAACCACCAAAAUAUGCAGCAAUUGCACCUCAAACGUUACACCCAUCGCUCAACGUAUGACCAGCCCGCCAAUGAAACGCAACCGUUAGCAGUAACCUCAACGGCGCCAUCCACGUCCAGCUUUUCGGAGCGUGCAGAAGUUUGUAGCAAAAAGUUUUCCACGCAUAGCACCGUUUUGACGCACAAACGCAAUCACAACAGUGCACUGAACGGUGUCAGUGUGAGUGUGAGUACUAGUGUCGCAUCCACAACCUCGGGUGGCGCCGAUGUUAGCGUGAUUAGCAGUGUGGCCAGCAGUUUACCGAACGAACAAAUAGGCGCCUCAUCGCAAGCUUGAUAUAGUCGCAGAUAUCGUAAGGAUGCACAAAACGCUUGAGAAACACGCUGUUCUGCCAGCGAUUGCAUGGCAUGGAAAAAUGCAGAAAACGCUUGAGAAGCCCAACGUUUUGCCAGAGAUCACAAAUGGAGUGAGAAUCGUUACCUAAGUCGUUCCAAAUCUAAACUAAUGAUGAAAUCAUACCAACCAAACUAUUUUAAUCAAAAUUUUUACAAAAAUAUAAAUGGCAUCAGGAGUACA